UAUUAAUUGAGUAGCUAGCUUGGGUGGAACUCUGGUGUCCUGAGUCCUGACUAGACUAGAUAUAGUAGCAGUAGCUCCUAUUAGAAGUUGGGAAGAACCAUCAAGAAGAAUGGCAACUGCUGAAUGGGGCAGCGACUGGGACGCAGCGGCAAUAGACGGCAACCCAGAAGCAGGCGACGUCAAUGCUCGAGAGCGUCACAAGCUCGCCGAGCGUGAGCGCCGCAAGUCCAUGCGAGAGCUCUUCCUGUCACUCCACGCCAUCCUCCCCCACGCCAACACGGUUCGAAAGGAGCAGUCGGCAAUCCUCGACGAGAUUAUCAACUACAUCCCUAUAGCUGUAGCUCGCCUUCAGGCGCUCAAGAAACGCAAGAAUUCCUUCUCCCCCUCCGCUUCCUCCAUGACCAAGCCAACUGUUCGCAUCUCCAACCGUAACUCCGCCUCCUCCAACUCCACUGAUUGCAUUAUCCGACUGGUGCCCGAGCCGUCGUCAUCGGUGGCCGUUCGGCUCCGAGGCGACCGUGUCAACGUGUCUUUAACUGACAUCAAGUGUGACGGACAGACUUUCUUACUGUCUGCAUUUCUGGAUGAGCUCGAAGCUCAUCACCUUGAACCGGUUCGGUCUACUCACUGUCGAGAUGGAAGCAAAAUACUUACUCACUCCGAAAGCAAGAUUCCCGAUGGGUUGGAAAGAUCUCCAGCUUUGUUGAAGGAAAGAUUACAAGAACUAGCUUGCAAGCUCCAGAAGUUAAGAAGUAAUGUCUCCCUCAAGAGAUCCUUUGACCAGAUUAGUUGAUAUCCUUUAAAUCGCUUCUUCUUAUUGGGAAGAGCUAGCUAGAAGAAAAAGAGAGAAAUUUGAUACAAAGUUGUGUGUUAUGGUCUGGUCGAUCUGCUUCUUGUUGUUGUUCAAUAUACAUGGUAUGUGGUUUGAAUUGAAUCACUUUGUUCUAGUUUAUACCAUGUAAUGCAAAUGAAAAUUAAUAUUGUCCUCUCCUUAGUUUUAAGCC